UCCGGCAAAUGCUCGUCUCUCCUCCCCUCACCGCCGCCGUCGCCGCCGCGGCGGCGAUCAUCAUUUCUCUUCUACUUCCAUCAUCAUCAUCAUCUUCUUCCACUUUCCCAAACUGUAACAAAUCCUUCUCCUGUGGAACCCUAAAAAACAUCACCUACCCAUUCACCGGCGGCGAUCGUCCCAUCCACUGCGGCCCACCGGAAUUUCAUCUCAACUGCCGCAAAAAUCAAACCGAACUAACAACCUCAAAUUCAUUCACCCAUCGCGUCCAUACCAUAAACCAGAUUCAACAAACUCUAAUCCUAUCAAGAUCAGAUCUCUAUAACAAAACCUGCCCAAACAAAUUCCAAAACUACACUCUCAACACUACUCUGUUCAAUACCCAGUUCGAAAACCAGAAUCUUAGUUUGAUCUAUGGAUGUUCAUCGUUGUUGAACAAUUACACGCCGAGUAAUCUCUUCACUUGUAAUUUAAGUGGGAUUAAGAAUACUAAUGCUUUCUACUUAGUCGGGAUUGUACCAACCGAUCCAAUUCUUCAAACUUUUAUUCAAUGUAUUGUGACUCUUACGGUCGCCGUGAUGUGGGAUACGGCGGUGAGGCUGGUGGAGAACCGGAUAAGCCUACGGGAAGCUUUGAUGGAAGGGUUUAAUGUGAAUUAUACAGAUUCUUAUGGUGAAAUGUGUAAUCGGUGUAGAAAUUUUGGUGGGUUAUGUGGGUUUGAUCAUAAUUUUGGUCGAUCAAUUUGUAUUUGUGAUGAUAAGUUAUGUUCUGUUCCAGAUUUUGAUCAUGCUAAAGCGAGUGAUUCUUCAAAUCAUGGGUUAGGACACAAAGCGAAAACAGACUUGUACAUAGCCGGGGCCAUCCUUACCGGUAUUGUUGUUGGCUGGUUCAUUUUUUCUUGUAGACAACGUUGGAAAAGGAAGGCCAUAGGUCUUCAAGACAAGAACAAAGACCUUCUUCAACUUAGCCAUGGCACCAACACUUCUCCUCCUUUGAGUAACUUGUCGAAAAUCGUAACCUCUUUUUCCUCGUCGAAGACAGACUUCGGGGAAAGCAAUUACUUUGGAACCCGAAUCUUCUCCUACGAGGAACUUGAACGAGCUACUCAAUCUUUCGACCCUUCUAGUGAAUUGGGUAAAGGAGGUUUUGGCAUUGUCUAUCGUGGCAUUCUCGAAGAUGGGCGUGUUGUUGCGGUGAAGCGUUUGUAUGAAAACAACUUCAAAAGUGUAGAACAGUUUAUGAAUGAAGUUGAGAUCCUUACGAGAUUAAGGCACCAUAACCUUGUGACCUUGUAUGGUUGCACAUCGAAAACAAGUAGGGGGCUUCUUCUUGUCUAUGAAUUUAUUUCAAAUGGAACAUUGGCCGAUCAUCUCCAUGGGAAACGGGCAAAUUCAGGUUUGCUUACAUGGUCGGUUCGAUUGAAGAUUGCCUAUGAGACGGCUCGGGCGCUUGCUUACCUUCAUGAAUCAGAAACCAUACAUCGUGAUGUAAAAACUAAUAACAUUCUUUUAGACAAUGAAUUUCACGUGAAGGUGGCUGAUUUUGGAUUGUCUAGGUUAUUACCCACCGAUGUGACCCAUGUUUCUACCGCACCACAAGGCACGCCGGGCUAUGUUGAUCCUGAGUAUUACCAAUGUUAUCGUCUUACUGAAAAGAGCGACGUUUAUAGUUUUGGAGUGGUUCUAAUCGAGCUUGUCUCUUCUAAACAAGCUGUGGAUACAAAUAGGAAUCGGUAUGACAUCAAUUUAGCAAACAUGGCCAUCAAUAAGAUACAAAAUCACGCAUUGGAGGAUUUGUUUGAUCCUUAUCUUGGAUUUGACACGAAUGAGUCGGUAAGGAGGAGGAUGGUUUUAGCGACACAACUAGCCUUUCGAUGCCUGCAACACGAGGGAGAUAUGAGGCCUUCGAUGGGUGAAGUGUUGAAGGAAUUGGAACUCAUUAAGAAGGAAAAGUUAGACGACGAUACAAAAACAAAAGUAGUGGACAUUAUCAUCGACGAGGGCGAUGCAAGUCCCCUUCGAGGGAAUCCUCCACCAAUGUCGUCAGAUUCUAAUUCUAGUGCUUGAGAUUUUAUUUUUAGUUUUGUUAAAAACAACUUCAAAUUACUACUUUUGUUGCUUAAUUUUGAUG